UUGAAACUAGAUGGUGCUGUGUGAAUUGUGCAGGGUUAUUAUUAAUAUUAUCGGAACAUCUCUAGGUGACUCACUCCGAUAAUAAAUAGAGUUUUGACCGCGGUUCGUAUAUCGUUAAUUUCACACAAUACAAUAAUAUUGGUCAGUCUAUAAAUGGGCCAGUUUCAAUAAACACGUAUCGUAAAUGUUACGCAAUUAACUAUCAUUAUGUAUUCAACAAUAUUAUGUUAUCAAUUAAUAGUGUUCUUAUAUGCAAACGUUAAUGCGGUCGAUUUGCUUAAUGACAAUACAAAAAUAAUUAUUGACAAUGAUGCGGGCGGUGAUGACGCCAUGGCUAUAUUUCUUGCUUUACUAUACCAAAAACAUUUCAACGGGCCUGAAGUAGUCGCUCUGACUACAGUAAGUGGGAAUACUGCAGAACACAAUGUAUAUAGAAAUAAUCAGCGAAUAUUAAAAUUAACUAAUAGGCAAGACGUACCAAUAUAUAGAGGUGUCAAUAAUUCACUAUUCUCAACAUUUAGAGAACGUAAUUAUUAUGGCGAAGACGGCCUGGGCGAUACGGGAGAUAAUUUGACGGAUCUGGUUCCAGCUAAAUCUCAGGAUGCUGUGUCAGCGCUUAUUGAACUGUCCAAGAUACACGAAGGUACUCUUAUCGUUGUAACAAUUGGCCCCGUUACAAAUAUAGCUCUGGCGAUCGUUUUAGACCCUGGAUUUAUAGGGCGAAUAAAACACAUCUACAUCGCAGCUGGUCAUAUUUAUAGCGAUGUACAUCCCGAAGCAGAAUUCAACGCAAAAUCUGACGCCGAGGCGUACUUUAUAGUUACACAACGGGCAAAUCCCGAUAAAGUCACAAUUAUACCAUUCUCGCAAAUAAGAAUACAUUUGAAUUUUACAAAGGAAUGGAGACAAAAUGUAUUGGGUGCUAUCGAUACAAAUAUAAUUAAAGAACAAAACAGAUUUGAACAAGUAUCAAUGAAAAGAAAUGUGAGAUGGCAGGCGCUGGACCCAGCCUCCGUAGCUAUAGCCGUUAGACCUGAUCUUGUGAAAGAGUAUAAAUAUUCGAAGAACGAUAUAUGCUUGUGUGGUGAGGCUAGAGGACUAAAUAAUAACAGUUUGGUCAAUAAAGAAGAUGCUAAUGUUAGGCUUCUCUAUUCAGUGAACGAAAAUGAAUAUAAACAGUUUCUACUCGAAGUUUUUUCAAAGCAAUAAAUUAUAUAGGACUGAUU